UAUAAAUCUCGCUCAUUGCCCUUUCAAUACAAAGAAUACAUCAAAAGGAGGAAUGAAAUUAACCCCAAAUAUGGACAAAAUGGGAAAAAUUAUCUUUUAUGAGGACAAAAACUUUCAGGGACAUUGCUUUGAGUGCAGCAAGGACUGCCCAGAGCUGUCAUCCCACUUCAGCCGCUGUAACUCCAUCCAAGUUGAAAGUGGGGCCUGGGUUUUGUAUGAACGUCCAAACUUCAUGGGCUGCCAGUACAUCCUAACCAGGGGAGAGUAUCCUGAUUACCAGCACUGGAUGGGAUACAAUGACUCUAUAAGGUCUUGCCGCAUGGUGCGAAAUCAUACUGGCAUUUUCCGUAUCCGUCUGUAUGAGCGGCCUGACUUCCAGGGUCAGAUUAUGGAGUGCAGUGAGGACUGGCCCUCUCUCUAUGACCGCUUCCGUCACCGUGAGGUACAGUCCUGUAACGUUCUGGAUGGGGCCUGGGUCUUCUAUGAGCAUCCUAACUACAGGGGACGUCAGUAUUUGUUGGAGAGAGGCGAGUUCCGCCACUUCACUGACUGGAGUGCCAUGCAUCCUACUGUCGGCUCCAUCCGCCGUGUUCAGGAGUUUUAGGUCUUUCAGUGUGUAGUUAAUUGUUCCUUAACUAUUUAAUAAAAAAUGACACUGAGCGCUCCCAAAGCUCCAG